UGGAUAUCAAAUUCAUAUCUAAAAUUAGUAAUUUGAGGAAGCAAUUUAGACGAGAAAAACUUAAGGUUGGUUCAUCGACAGGAGCUUUUAGUAAAUGGUGGCCUUACGAUAUUGUUGCCAAAAUAAUAGGUGGUGAAGCUUCCCUUGAUAAUGACCUUUUAUCUCAAAGUCAAAACUUUUCUACUCAAGAUUUUCAAGAUGGUCAGAUUGCCACAAUGGAAGAUAGCAAGGGGACUGUCAGUAUUUUAAAUAUUGAAGCUUUGGAUGAUACAAGUGAUGUGCAAUCAAUUUUCACAAUUAUUGAUGAGGAACUAACUCAACCUACAUCUGGCUGCAAUAAACGAAGGAACUCUGAUGAAAAAAUUUUGAAUAAAAUAGCAAAAACUGAACCGGUGAGAAAAAAUAAAAAAACAAAUUUUUCAUCUGAAUAUUUAAAAAUAGCAAAUGGAAAUCUAGAUGUUCAAAUCCGUUCACAAGAGCUACGAAUCAGAGAGGUUGUUGCUUUAGAGCGUAUUUGCGGUGCAAUUGAAAAUGCAUCUAAAGCCCAAGUAGAUGUGUCUAAAGCCCAAGUAGAAUAUUAUAACUUUUUAAUAAAAAAAUAAGGUGUUCUAUUAGUCAAGAUAUCUUUUUAGUAAUUAUGUUAAAGUUGAAAGGUCAGUAUUUUUUUAACAGUAUACCUUGUUUACAAUUCUAUGCAAUAUAUAUUUCAUAAGGUUAUUCAAUGUUUUAACUAAAGAGAUGGUUAGUGAAAUAUUGUACAAGCUUGUAGAUGAAGCUCUAGUUAUAUAUAUUUUUUCAUGUUACCAUAUUACUAUUAUCAAAGGAAUUUUUACUUUAUUUUUUUUUUUUCAGCCAAUCGUUAUCGCAAUAAUUUAGACCUUCCUA